GUAAUGGUCUGCAACAGUAACGGGAGUUGUAGUGUUUAGUCAGACGGUGGCGAUUCAACGGGACUACUUGGAAGAAAACUUUACUAGGUUUUUCAUCUGAGAGAAGAGGAAAUCAAACGGAGCCAGGAUCAGGACAGGUAGGGGACUUGGAUGUGCGUGCAUACCCCACAAAGGAUGCACUGAACUGAGAAACAUCUGCUGAAGUGUCCCCCUUAAUGCAGCUAUGGCCUCAGCGAUGUCUAGCCCAGGACCUGCCUCUCUGGGCUCGCAGGUCCAUGCUGCAGCUGUCAAUGGAGAUAGGAGCGCCCUUCUCAAACUCAUCACAGCAGAUCCCUCGCUGCGGGACCGUGAGGACCAGUUUGGCCGGACCCCUUUGAUGUACUGUGUGCUGGCUGACCGCCUGGAUUGUGCAGAGAUUCUGCUAAAGGCCGGAGCCUCGGUCAACAAGACCGAUCACAGCCAGCGCGCCGCUUUGCACCUUGCCGCCCAGAAGGGGAAUGUGCGAUUCCUGAAGCUGCUGCUGUCCAGGCGUGCUAACUGGCUGCAGAAAGAUUUAGAGGAGAUGACCCCGCUCCACCUGGCCACCCGACACCCCUCCCAAAAAGCCCUCGCCCUGCUACUCAAACAUAUUGGACCUGGAGAGGUUGAUACGCAAGACAAGAACAAGCAAACUGCUCUCCACUGGUCAGCGUUUUAUAACCGACCAGAACACGUUCGCCUUCUGAUCAAGCAUGAUUCCAACAUUGGCAUCCCAGACAGUGAGGGCAAGAUCCCUCUGCACUGGGCAGCGCACAGUCAGGAGCCCAGCGCUACACAAACCGUCCGCUGUAUACUGGAGGCAGCGCCAACUGAGUCCCUGUUAAACUGGCAGGACUAUGAGGGGCGGACUCCCCUGCACUUUGCCGUUGCAGACGGUAAUGAGGCAGUGGUGGAGGUGCUGACGUCCUACGAGGGCUGUAAUGUGACAGCUUAUGAUAACCUCUUCAGAACACCGCUGCACUGGGCAGCUCUUCUCGGCCACGCAAGAAUCGUCCACAUACUGUUGGAGAGAAACACAUCAGGCACUAUUCCCUCAGACAGCCAAGGAGCAACACCUCUGCAUUAUGGUGCUCAGAGCAACAAUGCUGAGACAGUGGGUGUGUUUCUGUCUCACCCAUCUGUGAAGGAUGAACCCGAUCUGGAGGGGAGGACGGCCUUUAUGUGGGCCGCUGGGAAAGGCAGUGACGAUGUAAUCCGCACCAUGCUGGCCCUCACCCCUCAAAUUGACAUCAACAUGGCCGACAAGUACGGAGGCACAGCACUCCAUGCGGCCUCCCUGUCAGGCCAUGUGAGCACAGUGAAGCUGCUGUUGGAGAGGGGAGCGAUGGUCGACUCUCUGGAUGUGAUGAAACACACGCCGCUGUUUCGCGCUUGCGAGAUGGGACACAGAGAUGUCAUUCUCACACUCAUCAAAGGUUCUGCACACGUGGACCUGGUAGACGUGGAUGGUCACACUGCUCUGCACUGGGCAGCUCUGGGAGGGAAUGCUGAGGUCUGCCAGAUACUGAUGGAGAAUGGGAUUAGUCCCAAUGUACAGGACCAAGCAGGACGGACUCCUCUGCAGUGUGCUGCUUAUGGCGGCUACAUCACCUGCAUGGCUGUUCUCAUGGAGAACAAUGCUGAUCCAAACAUACAAGAUAAAGAGGGGCGGACUGCUCUACACUGGUCGUGUAACAAUGGCUACCUGGACGCUGUGAAACUGCUACUGGGCUACAAUGCCUUUCCUAAUCACAUGGAGCACACUGAGGAGAGAUACACCCCUUUGGACUACGCUCUGCUGGGGGGGCACAGUGAGGUGACUCAGUUCAUGCUGGAGCAUGGUGCUCUGUCAAUCGCAGCCAUCCAGGACAUCGCUGCUGCCUCCAUCCAGGCCGUCUACAAGGGCUACACCGUCCGCAAGGCCUUCAAGGAGAGAAAGCAGCUCCUCAUGAGGCAUGAGCAGCUGCGCAAGGAUGCAGCCAAGAAGCGAGAGGAGGAACUGAGGAGGAGAGAAGCUGUACAGCAAGUGUCUGUGGCCGCUGAUGAGAAACGGAGGGUCCCUCUGGUGAGAACAGAGCAGGAAAAGCUCUCCUUAGUGAACAUUCUAGAGGACUUGUCCAUGAAUGACUCGGUGGUUGAAACAAAGAAAUCAUCAAAAGCUGAACGCACUAAGAGCAAAGAGGAGAGACACAAAGUACACAAGAACAGAUUCUCCAGAAAAAGUAAAGCAGCUGAACCACAUGAGGUUCCUGAUGCUUCGAGCCGCCACUGUCAUGUGACCGGUGACACAGUGCCCGGUGCUUCCCACACCACCAGGCUGAAGGAACUUCUCUCUCCUGCCAGCUGCAGCCAGCCACCCAGCCUCAAACCCAGACCCCCCUCCAUGCCCAAAGGCAGGGAAAGACUUUCCUCAAACACUCCUUCCACAAGCGUCUCUACGACGGACCAAACUGACACUAUUACAAGAGAAUGCAUCCCUCUAAAAAAGAGAGAUGCUCACAUGACACAUGUGCAGACUGCCUCCGGUAAGACUGAUGCUCGCACCUCUCCACAAAAGCACAGAAACCACAAGGAGCAGACUUCAGAAAAGGUCACCACCAAAGACCAAACUCACACUCCCUCAUUAAGAAGUAGUUCAUCUUUAGACCACAAAAGCCCUUCAAGAAAGACUCAGUCUGCCACACAUGCACCUAUCCCAACACACACACACAGGGAGCACAACAAAGAGCAGCAUAGCACAAGCAACGAGGCUGCGCGCAUCAUCCAGCGAGCUUGGCGAAGGUUCCACGCACACAGACGGAGAGAGGUAAGGGCCCGCGAAGAGGUGGAGUCAGGUGAUUCAAACCACGCCCAAAACAGGAAGAAGAUGGAAAUCCGAGCUCAACCCACUAAACCGUCAACGAGAAAGAGCUCAGUGCUACAAAGUAUCUAUGGCAACUCUAUGGCCAGACGAGGGCGUUCACUUCGGGGCUCUGAGUCUCAGCUGCUCCUGGACGUGCCUUUACGCACCCAGAGCCAGUUGAGCAGUAUAGACUGCGUGCACCUGACCGACGCCAUGAAUCAAGCCAAGCAGUUCUCUUACCACCUGAGACCGCAUAGUGCUGGACAGGGGACCAGAGGCCGGGGAAAACAUUGAAGCCACACACACACAUACACACUUGUGUUCUUUGAUGUUUUCUCAGCUGGCUGGUGGCCUCACCACUAUAGAAUUACUAUACACAUUGUUCGUUCAAGGUGCCAAGCUUUCUAAAAUUAAGCCAAAUGACAUCAGAGCCAUGACCUCACAGGGUGGGGUUAAGUCUACAGAAAUGGUGUGUGUAAAAGAUAACCUUUCAUCCAUUGUGGAAGGAACACAUACACACACACAUGCCAUCUCUCUCGUUCUCCAUCGCUCUCGCACACACACUGAGAUAACCUUUCCUCCUGUUGUGGAGAAUGAGGCAGUCUAUCAACAGCCGGUCAUACAGAUAGCCCACCUGCAGCCACAGAUGCGCACGCAUGCACGCACGCACACACGUGCACGCACACACACACACACACACACACACACACACACAGUUAAGUCCUUUCCCUUUCAAGAGAGUGGUGUAUUUCUUAACUAUGCUGUUUUUAUUUACUUUAAUAUGCAUUUGCACAAAAAUAAUCCAUAUUGUGUAAUUUUAGAUAUAUACCUCAAUGUUUCUGUUAUAAAAAAUAAAACAAAAAAUUGACACAAAA